AUGGUAGCGAGACGGGCAAUAUCAGCAGCGGGCUGCACCCACUGCCGUUUGGCUGUUCUCAAGCUUUUCGUCGCAUCCUCCACCCCCACCCCAUUCAUUCGCGCCCGGUCAUCUGCAUCAUGGCAUCCCACCCUCGCAAGUCGGACGUCGCGCGCCUUUUCAUCUGCGCCCAAACCCAUCGAUGUCAACGAGGCCAAAGAUGCCGCCCAUGACUCCCAAUUGCAGCUUGAGGACCAGCUUCUUACGCCAGACAGCCAAGACGUUGUCGAGCAGCCUCCGCAGUCAAAUGAUGGGGAUACUCCCUGGUAUCUCCAGGUCGAGCCUCCGCGACACACAGCAGCCACCGAACCGCCACCGCUUCCGGAUAUCCCCCCAAACUCACCAGCCCUCUUGGAUCCGCUGGUCAAGUAUGCGUCAGAAGAGAUGGGACUCGACGAGCUAACUCUUCUUGACCUAAGAGAGCUUAACCCCCCGCCCGCACUAGGCGCCAACCUAUUCAUGUUGUUUGGCACUGCCCGCAGCGAGCGUCACCUAAACGUAUCUGCUGGCCGUCUCGUUCGGUGGCUGCGAGUGCAACAUCGUGUAUAUGCCGACGCCGACGGCCUGCUGGGCCCCAACGAGCGUAAGACGAAGCUGAGGCGGAAGGCCAAGAAGGCGAAAUUGCUAGGUACAAUGGGCACCGAUGAUGCCGACGACGGCAUCACGACCGGUUGGAUAUGUGUCAACCUUGGUUCCAUAGAUCGCGGUGGCGAACAGGCCGCCGUUGUCAGCGAUGAUGGUCGCGUCGCCGGGUUUGGAGUAUCCCAGAAGGGCUAUACCGUCGUUUUCCAAAUAAUGACGGAAUCUCGCCGGGCUGAACUGGGGCUGGAGACCCUAUGGCAACGAACCCUUUUGCGCCAGUUAAACAAGUCUGACCCGGCAGAACACUCAGAGAUGAGCGUCGAGAGCGAAGUGCACCCUCUGGAGCAAGCCAUCCACUCUAAAGCCCCUAGCCAUCAAUCUAUUGAUCCUAGGGACAAUAAUGGGUGUCCAGGCCAGUCGCGAUCUUUCUCUACUUCUACGCAGCACACUUGGGCGUUUCGGCUUGCGUCCGAGGCAGUCAAGGCCCGUCAGUUUGCUACAAUGGAUCUCUCAGAUGGGCAUCUGUUACUUGGAAACACACGACAAUUGAUCAGUGAAAUGCGCAUUCAUGGCAUUUCGCCGUCUCGACAACAAUAUCUUCAGCUCAUCUCAUGCAUUUAUUCACCACUUGGACCCCCACUCAACGAGCAGACCAACCUAGCUCUUGAACUGUUGGAGUCGCUACACUUGCGGGGCGAGCCAAUCAUUGCCAACGACAUUGUCGUUACAAUAAUAGAGGCUAUUUCCCGGUGUAACAAGCCACGCGAGGAGGCCGAGGAUCUUCAGCAGAGGUUGGAGGAACUGAUGGUGCAAGUCAAGCUACCCUGCAUGGAUGAACCCCUACUCGUACGACUGAUGGAUGCGUAUGCCCGCCAGGAGAACUGGGGCAAGUUUUGGGAAACGUGGCGCAUACCUGCUCGGUUUCUUCGCCCACGCUCCGCAGCCAUGUACAUCCACAUCUACCGACUAAUGGCAGCUACGAAGUCACGUUCGUUGUGCAUAGAUGCCCUGCGACGGUGUUUCCAAGAGAUGGUCAUCGAGAACCCUCCAGUUCGUCCCAUUGGUAACGUUCGCGAUGCCAUGCUCGAUUGCAUUCGUGUGGCGGACCCCCGCGCUGAGGAAGAUGCGGAGAGGAUACCGGCCAACGCCGUCGGGCCUAUGCAACGAGUCGCAAACCGGGAGUUUGUCAAGUUGGUCAGAACUAUCAAGAGUCUGGGUUAG